AUGGAAACCAUGGCCUGGUGGAUUAUCCUUCUUCUCUGCGCUGGGAACUCAGGUGCCCAGUUAAUGGAUAUAGCCAGUAAAAGUGAACCCUACUUAGAGGAGAGUCUUUUUAAUCUUCUUCUAAGAUUGCAACUGGAGGAAACCUACGACACUUUGCUUGUCUAUGGCGAAGAUUGCGUUUUUCACUCCCUGUCCAGACGUUUGGAUGUCUCCACAGUGCUGGUGUCCGCAGGUAGCACCAACUUCGAUUGGAACUUCAGCAGUCUGACCCUGAUAGUUAGCUGUGACCCCGAAGCAGAGAGAGAGGCAACCUAUCGCACUCUUAUAAAGCUGCAAAGAAAUAGGCGUCUGCUCCACCUGCAAGGCAAUAUCCAACCAGAGUCUGUGUGCAAUCGCUAUUCACAAAUGGAGCAAUACAAUAUAGCAAUGGUGAGAGAAGAUUUCAAUCAAACGGGAGUUGUCUACGCCUGUCGCUUAUUUGAAAAUCCUAAAGUUGAUGAAGUGAACUUACUGGACAUAAGAGAAAUUUACAUUGAAAACUUUAAAAACAUGCUUGGCAAACCUAUAAGAACAGUGGCGGAUCUUUUGCCCCCUCGUUCCAUGAUAUAUUUGGAUGCAAAGAGCGGUGAUAAGAAAUUGACAGGGUAUGUGGCCAACUUGAUUACCAACUUUGCUGAGAAAGUAAAUGCUUCCUUGCAACUGGAAGAUUUGGGCAAUAAAUACAUUGUAAGGGAAAUACUAAAGAUGGUGGAGAACGAAGAGCUUGACAUUGGCACUACUUUGGAUAUCUCUUUGAGGACAGCGAUCCUUGAAACAUCCAGCUACCCAUACAUUCUGACGUCGUACUGUUUAAUGCUGCAUGUACCUGCCCAAUUGCCCUACAAUAUGGUCUAUGCGAUUAUUCUGGAUCGCCUAGUCCUCGGCAUUAUCUUUUUGCUGUUCUGCCUACUCUCCGUACUGUUAAUAUAUAGUAAGAAAAUGUCGUGGCAGGACCUGAGCCUGGCCAACAUCCUGCUAAACGACAAGAGCCUACGCGGCCUCUUAGGCCAAUCGUUUCCGUUUCCCGCCAACGCAAGCAAACACCUGAGGAUCAUAUUUUGCAUACUUUGCUUUGCAAGCAUCAUGAUAACCACCAUGUACGAGGCCUAUCUGCAAUCUUUUUUUACGAACCCCCCAUCUGAAUCUAAAAUUCACUCCUUCCGGGAUAUUGGUAAACAUCACCCAGUUGCAAUCCCCUCAAUUGAGAUUGAUGCCCUGAUCAGGACAAAUAAUUCGAAUUUCCAAGAAAUUCGUAAAGACGAUUUAGUGAUCUUUGACAAUCUGCCGGAGUGCUAUGUACUGCGCGACUCAUUUAACUCCAGCUACAGUUUUGCGGUGACGGGAGAUCGUUGGAGCUCCUACGCGGAGCAGCAGGAACUCUUCAAAGAGCCAGUCUUCUAUUUCGCAAGAGACCUCUGCUUUUCUCGCCUGCUAUUCAUGUCCAUUCCCCUGCGAGCGCACCUGCCAUAUCGACACCUCUUCGAGGAGCACAUGAUGCGACAGCAGGAGUUCGGCCUGGUGAUUUUCUGGCGGGGCAACAGCUUCUUCGACAUGGUGCGACUGGGACUGACACCUCUCAAGGACUUAAGCCAUCCAAGAGCAUACUCCCCAAGUCUACUAUUGGAGGAUGUCUCUGGGAUACUGAAACUCUACCUGGCUGCCAUGGUGCUCAGUAUUUUCUGCUUUUUAUUGGAGUUGGGUGAAAAAAAGUGGAGGCGCUGGCGUGAUUUGGCGAAACAACUUUGUUCUAAGUUUGACUUUCGCAGAGGACUAUAG